AUGGCGCUGACCUGGGCGCUUGUGGUCUUGAGCCUUCUUCCUCUGCUGGACGCCCAGAGCCCGGCGUGUCCCAAUUUCUCGGUGCCCAUCACCAAUGCCUCCCUGGACCAGAUCUCUGGCAAGUGGUUUUAUAUCGCUUCGGCUUACCACCUCCCGGAGUACAAGAAGGAAGCUAGUGAAUUCCAUGCAUCCUUCUUUUACUUCACCCCCAACCACAUGGAGGACAGGAUACAGCUCAGAGAGUACACAACGAUGCGAGGACAGUGCAUGUAUAACUCCACCAACCUGAGGGUCAACCGGGAAAAUGCGACGCUGACCAAACAUGAGAAUGGCACAGACCAUUUUGGCCACCUGCUGCUGCCCAAGGACCCCAAGACCUUCAUGCUCGCUUUUUUCCCAGAAGACAAGCAGAAAAUGGGGCUGUCCUUCUUUGCUGACAAGCCAGAGGUGACCCCGGAGCAAAUGGAAGAGUUCUAUGACUACCUCACGUGCAUGGGCAUGGACAAGUCCGAAGUCCUGUACAGCGAUGAGGAAAAGGUUGAAGCCUGCACUCCUGCCUGCAGAAGCCCCUGCUGUAACCCCAGCACACAUGCCAGGAUGGACGAUGGCACGUGGUGUGGGAGCCCAGCAUGA